AUGGCGGCUCGCCUCUCCCUCGCCCAGCAACUCGCGCAACUAGAUGACACGGCGCCCGUCGACUUUGACCCGGAGGAGCUUCCUGGCGCGGCUGGAGGCGAUGAGGAUGCGGAGAUGAAAGAUGCUGCUGCGGGAAGGGGGCAUUAUCUGGAUGUGGGCCCAAGUAACUUGCGCAAGCAGCAUGACAGCAUUUCGGAUCCGAAGUAUGAGGGGAAGCGCGCCAGUCGCGCGCAGCUGCUUGGUGAUGAUGAUGAAGAGGAGGACGAGGAGGACGAGGGGGAGGAUGCCGAUCGGCCGAAUGCCAUUCACGAAGAGGACUCCGAGGCGGAAGAGCACAGCGAUGGGUCAGAGGAGCAUGGCGAGGUGUCAGAAGACGACGGAAUGGAGGACGAGGAGAACACCGCAGAAGGGCCCGACGCGAGCGAGGAAGAGGAGAGCGCAAGUGAAGAAGAGGACGAGGCCCACGGACAGCAUUCACCCGCCCCAGAAGCAAAAUCUUCAGCACCAGCACCUAAGACCGACGACCUCACGGAUAGCUUGCGCAAGAAUCGCGAGGCUGAUGUGAGGAAGGGGAAGGCGGUGGCGCGGCAAGUUGCCAUCUGGGACACCCUCCUCGACGCGCGCAUCCGGUUGCAGAAGUCGGUCACUGCGGCGCAGAAGCUUGUCGAUGCUGGCAGCAUAGUGGAGCGCGAGGACUGCGGCGCCGCGCUCACGGGCAUGUUGGACGAGGCGCUCGCGCUGUCUGAUGAGUUGAUGUCUUUUCAAGAGAAAUUACUCGAGAAGAACGAGGACGUUACCCCGCCCGCGCGCAAGCGCCGAAGGAUCGAGGCACCCGAACCGUCGGUCGCGGAUUACAGCGAGCAGCUUCGCGGGUUGACGGAAGACGUGGUCGCCCUUGAGCAUACCGCACAUCCCCACCUCGUCCGCACCCUGACGAAAUGGUCUGCAAAGAUCCAGGCCGUCGCGCCCUCCGUUCUGCUUCCUUCCUCCCGCAACGCGUUCUCGAAGUCCGCGCAGCCCAAGUCUGCCGUUGCGCUCAUCGACGAAACGCUCGCGGACCACAACAAACUGUUGGCGCGCACGCGCGUACGAAGGGGCCGACUGGCCGUGGAGGAUGGGGACGACGAUGCAGCCAAGCCUCAAACAGACCCCGCCGAAAUCUUCGACGACACCGACUUUUACCAGCAACUCCUCCGCCAGGUCAUCGACGCGCGGGGCGGCGGCGCGGCGGACAACCAGGACUGGGUCCAGGCGCAGAAAGCGCGCAAAGCACGGAAGAAGGUGGACACCAAAGCGAGCAAGGGGCGCAAGAUCCGGUACGACGUGCACGAGAAGCUGCAGAACUUUAUGGUGCCGAUCCCGGCGUACAAUGGGUGGCAUGAGGAGCAGGUGGACGAGCUGUUUGCGUCGCUGUUGGGGAGGGGGUAUGAGGGGGCGAUGAAGCAGGUUGUGGGGGAUGAGGGGGUGGAUGGCGAGGUGCAGGGUGCGGGGACGGAUAGGCAGAAGGAAGCGGAGGUGUUGCAUGAUUUUAGGGUGUUUUAGUUGUGUUGUAGAUGUCACUCGUGUUUUUCGACCACUCCAUGGGCUGAAGGGCCGUUCAUUCGAUGCGCACUCUACCAGCCACCAUGCAGUGUGUAUAAGGUCCGUGGUAAAAAUACAAAUAACACCUUCGUCGGCGACGAAGGCACUACAGGGUUCCUCGUAUCGUAUAGGGUGUCGUAAGGAGAGCAGGCGAUGGUCCAUCUUUUAACACAGGGAAGACAGGUGGUGUAGUAGGAAAAAGUGUCCAUGGUGGCGGCGACUUGAGGACGCGUUGGCGCUCGGCGGUC